UUUUGUUUUAUUGGUGGUAAAAUGCAAAAGUUACUUAUGGAAUAUAUCUUUCAGAGGAAUUAGACGCAAUGAGAGCUGGAAACUUCGAACAGGGCAAAACUGCACAGUGUUAUAUGUUGUGCAUAAUAAACACGUACAAAUUGCUCACAAAAGAAGGUAGUUUUGAUUGGGAAACAGGUGUAAAAACUAUCAAGUCGGUUGCUCCUGAAAGAGUUGCUGGACCUGGCAGUGAGAGCAUUAAAAAUUGUAAAGAUGCUAUGGUCACCAAAGACAACAAAUGCAUGGGAGCACUAGAAAUAGCUAAAUGUCUCUACGAUGACAAUCCUCAGAAUUAUUUUUUGCCGUGAAACUGCGAGUCGCUGGAAAAAUGAUCAAUUAUAUUAUUAGUUACAGAUUUAACUGUGAAAGAUGACAAAGCAAUAUAAAAUAUAUAACUUAUACUGGGC